AUGGAAAAUUUAGUGUUGUCCUAUCCUACUAUUGACGAUUCCGUUAGUAUUUCAGCAACACCAUUCUUGUCAAGAUACUAUAAUUCGAUCAAUCACGAACAUGCUGCACAACCAUCGAUCAGAGUAGCUAUUAAUCAAAUUAUUUCAUCAAACGAAAAUCAAUCAUGUGAAUUAAUAAUUAAAAAUUACCUAAAAAUUGAAGAAUGCCAGAUUAGAUUAGAAUAUCGAUUUCACGGGGAAAGACACAAACUCGACAUAUUUGUCAAGUGCUAUUUUGAUCAUCCCGAUGUAAUUGAAAUGACCGCUUAUAUUUAUUUAUUAUGUAACACUAUACCACUAAGAGAAUCCAGAAACAAAUUUCGUGAAAAAAAAGUACAAACAAGGCAAAUUGUUCGUAAAUUACAAAGACAACAGAAUGAUAAUGUGUUUCGGAAUAAUGGAAAUGUAAUUUUGCUAAAAAUAGCAGGCACUUCAAGUGAAAAUCAUGAGUUCCCUUUUAAUCGUACGAAUUUAUUAACAACUGACGAAUAUUAUGUGCAAAAGUUGUUAGCUAUUACUCAGCAGUACUAUUCACCUGAGCAUUGUCGUAUAUAUCUUUGGCUAACAAUUGAUGAUAUUGAUGGACAGGACGUAUUUAUUGGAGAUGCUCUAUCAGGAGUGAUAAAAGAUAAAAAACGAUUUCCACCACUGACUUUGAUGAACACGUAUCCGAAAGAAGAAGUUUGUAUCAUAAGAGCUGGUAGACGGAUCUUUUUGAGUACGGGUGAACAAAAAGAAGCAACACAUUCUGGUAACACCAAUGCACAACUGAAAGUAGAAUUUUCUUUUAUUAAACGUAACAAUGGAUACGUAGUAGGUACUUCUAAACAAUUUACUAUAACUGAAAUUGAAGAAAACGUGGAGAAGAAAGUGUGUGUUGACGCCAAGUUAGAAGACAACAAGACAAAUUUUUACAAUUUGACAGCGAUAUGGAAUGAACAAUCGACCUUUCCUCUAUACAGUCCUGCAUCACCGUUGUUAAUCACAGUGAAUAAAUCCAAUGAUUUAUUAUUCGAUAUGAUGUCGCUGAAAAAUCCCCAAGUAAUUCCUAAAAGUUUCUCUAAAAACAUCUCUACCUUUUUAUCAUGUUUAUUAGAGAGAAGAAAUACUCGUAUAUCAACUGCAGGAAUAAUUAUUAAACAAGAUUUAUUACAUCACACAAUAUGUUCAUCAAAUUUCGUCAGAAGUCAGAUAUUUAAAUUAAAUUCUACAGAAUAGAAAUCCAUCCUAUAAUAAAAGUUCCUUCCAUAUUGGAAGCUCAGUUCCGAGAUUAUAAUUUCCCGAACAUAAUAGAAGCUCACUCUAUUCAUGUGCAUAAAUUUCUUUCAUUCCAUAUGUAGUUUCUAUAUACGGCUAUGUUGUAUGUCUACGCGUGAAUAAAUUUUCUUAGUUUUUCAUAAAUUGAUAAAAUCAUUAAAAUCAUAGUUUUCAAUCUGUGUGAAAGUAUUUUGACAUCAUUUUUUGUAACGAAAACAUCGAACUGUAUUAAAAAUAAAAUAAAAGAAAAAAAUUAAUGUAAAUGUGGUUAUGAUAACUUAGCUUGUACGCUAAUAUAUUCCUCGCUACAGCGCGAAAUAAUCGAUCUCAAUCCAAGUCUAUCUCCAAACUGAUAAUUUGCGGAACAAAAUAGAGACUCACUGGGCUUCUAUUCUGUAGGAGGGUUUAGUUAAAGCUUCGUAUUGUCUUUUUUGUUGAUGGAGACAAUAAAAAGUCGAUGCAUAUACAUUCACAAAUACACUCGAAUGAUAAUCAGUGACAACUUUAUACUGUCUAUCAUAUUAAUCAAAUUUAUUGGGAUAUCGAUCUUAGAUUGAAUAAUAAUGAACGACUCCAGGACACAAGGGAAAAAUAUUCUUGAUAUAUGAGGUGACAUUACACAGUCCAAUGGCGAAAUCAGAUGUUCAAGUCUUUUUUCACAAACUAUGGUUAAAACGGUAUGCAUGAAUGCUGCAAAGCUUUCCGUUGUACAGAUUUUUUUUUUCUUCUAAUUUUGUGAUGAUCUAUCAUAAAAAGUUGUUUCAUACUAUGCUUUGUUACAGAUAUUUAACUUAGAGUAUAAUUACUAUUCUUGUCAUUUCUUUAAUAAAAAUAUAAUAUAAAUUUACGCUAUGAUGAAUUUCUUUUAUUGGGUAACUACAGUUCUCUUAGUUUUUCCAAUGUCUAGGAAAAAAUGAUUGAUGCCAAAUAUACUGAUGAUAUUUACAGUCGUCAAAUCAUUUGCCUAAAUCAGUCAAAUAAGCCGAUAUAAAACAUUUUCAAAUACUUUAUUGUGAUGUAUUAGCCUUUGAUCAAAAAAUUCGAAAUACUAAGGCAAAAAUGCAGAAUAUACCGUGAUUGAAUUGAAAAAUAUCAAUCGAAAGGACAAGAUUUUUUGAAACUGCUAAAAAUACACAAUGUCAAAUUAUAAAAACAACAGCAUGGUGAAUUUUUGUGAACACAUAUUUUCCAGAUGUUUGGAGUAAUUAUCCAAAUGCCAGAGAAUGUUUUUGAUUCUGCCUGUUCGCUUGAGAAAUAGGGCAAAAGUACAAAUGUCUUGUAAAAAUGUAUCGAGACACGUGAUCUGUGAUUUAUAUUUCUUAAUGAGUCAUAACUAACAGGACGGUAAGAAAUUUCAUGCGUAAUUAAACUGGCAAUGUGUACAAAAGAUAUGUAAAUCUAUCGAUAAAAACAACAAAAAUAAGAAAAUACACUUUUUAUUUAAUAGAUGUCUCACUUCAUCCUUAUUUAUUUGCUACGUAAUCUACCGUCCAUUCAAAGUUUCAGUAAAAUUUAUUUUUGUUUUAUUUAUGAUGCAUAAAUAAAACAAAAAUAACUCUGCAGUUGAAUAGAACUUAUCAAGUUAUGUAAAAAAAUAUUGUUCUCAGCCGUGUUAUUAAGGUGUUUGCUAGAGAAAUUUUUUAAGUAUUCAGAUUUGAAUUCAUUAAAAAAGCUUUAAUUUUUCAAAAAUAAGCCGCAAGAAGAUGUGAAAAAGAGUGUAAGAAAAAAAGAAAAUUGUUUUUAGGUGUAUUUUGAUAAAACGAAGGAGAGAAAACGAUUGCCUUAGAAAAAUUCAAACAGAGAUAGAAAACUCAAGCAAAAGUUUUAGAAAACAAUCAAAAGUACGUUGAACAAAAUGUCUACCGUCCGAGAAUCACAGAAGCUAGAGAGGACGACAAGCGUAGAUCGGUAGAGGGCACUAUAGGGCAGGCAUGGGCGAGUCCGAGUCCGGACUGGAAGAUGUUUUGGCGGACUCGGACUUGAGUUUUACAUUUCGAAUCCGAUCUAUUCAACUUUUAACACAAAUGAACAGAGAAAAAUGAAAAGCGAAAUAACAACACCAUCUGUUUCGCAAGAAGUUGAAAACUUUGCUCUGGAGACGGACAUGCAAAGUAACCUUAUUUGUGAAAAAUCAAAUAUGAAUCCAGGGUAAAUUAAAAAAGAGAAAUAAACCACACUCAUCAAAAAAGAAUCUAAAAGAUUACAGGACUCGAAAUAGGCUCGGGACUCGGCCCUUAAUGUUAAGGACUCGGACUCGGCUAGGACUCAGUACCCCUCGGACUCGCCCAUGCCUGCUAUAGGAUGUAUACUGACUUUUUUAAACAUAGGGGUCAUUAGAGGAAGUCAAAGAGCAACGGCCUUUUCUUUCAGAACCUUGCCAGAUAGACCUCCUGCAGGUUGUUCCAGCAACUUUGUUUUCCCAUAGGUAUCUUCUUCAGGUCUUCUCUAUACAAUGGCUGGGAAGCUGGGAAUUUUGAUGCAAAAUUUUCAGGCUACAAUCCCAAUAUGUUGAUAAAGCAUUGCUAGGGUUUUAGGGGAUUUCUAAAAAACCCGGUUCUUCAGAGGGCGCUAGGAAAGGUCGAUGGACACAAACGGCCAUCAUAUUCGUAAUCAACACCCUUGAUUACAUAUAAAUUGUCAGCUUUUUAACAAUCAGAGUGCCUCACUUGGGAAUGUUCCCUCGUUAGAUGGUUCUUCAUCAACAAAAAAAUAGUCAUGUUCAGUGUUAAUCUUUUAUUUUUAAUCGCCUUCUCUGUCUCAAGAAAUAUGUGGCUCUGUUUGCAAAAUACGUAACAGAAAAUGGCUGGAAUAGAGAACUAAAAGAAACUUUAAUCAAACCUAAUGAAUAACCUUUGUAUAAUAAUGUGUUGAAGUAAAUAAAAAAAAGGAUAGAUACAACAGCAGAAAUCUGAACAAAACUGUCUUCGCAGAUUAUCGAAAAACUUGAAAAAAGUUUUAGAAAAAUUUUCAAUCUUAAAGAAAAUCACAAGACACUUUUCAACUUUUCAAGCCAAUCUAGUUCAAUUAUAUCAAAUAACAACUACUGUCUGUACCAAAAUAGAAUGGACUCCGUUGUUUUUUUAAUAACUUUUGAUAGAAGCCAGCUAGAGAGCUCCGGCUUUCGCCAUAAGAAAGCGGAGACUUGGGGGCAUGUUUUCAUAAGCAGAAACUUUUUCAGAAGUGUUUUCUAAAACAGCUUUUCUAGGAGAUCUUUGAAAAACCAGGUCGCGUGUAAAAACUUUUUAAUAGGAUUGUAUUGAUUUUCCUCCAUGGUCUGAUAGUCCAAGGUGUCUUCUUCAAAAUGAGAGUAGAGCGAAAUCUUGAUUUUCUGCGGCUCUAGUGUUGUGUCGGAUUUCCUACGAGUCCUAGGACUGGCACCCAGUGACCAUUGAUAGUCUUGAAAACGGAUGGACUAUAGGUAAUCGAUCAUGCUGAGUCUCGUGGCAGUAGUUAUUUCUAGAAAAAGUUCUAAAAAUCUACCGAAAAGCCAGUUUUACGAAAAUUUGGGUUUCCC